AUGCCCCCUGUUCGUGCGCUAGAUGACUGGGCUACCAGCCGUGCAUAUACCCUCGCUCUCUCCAGCCUUAAAGGAACCGUCAUCGGCAUCGAUGCCACCUACUACCUCCACCAACACCUCCACCACCCGUCUACUCGCGAACCGCUUCUAAUUGCCCUCGGCGGCUUCCCCUUUGCGCUUCGGGCGAAUAUCGAGCGGGAGCUAAAGGAGCUCAAGGAACUGGGCAUUGGCUGCGUUUUCGUCUUUGACGGUCUUCAAUUCGGUGUCGAGGAUUCGCAGAAUCGUGUCCGGAACGAUUCCAGGCGGGCUGACUCUGCGCGCGCGUUUGAGCAAGCUUGGGACUUGUAUGAUCAGCAGCAGGCUGAUCAGGUGGUUGAUGCUUUUAGCAACGCGGGCAACCCCGAGCCAGUCGAGUUCUACCGAUUCCUGCAACGAAUUCUUUACGAAAAUGAUAUCGACUUCUUUGUAGCUCCUUAUAGCGCUGCCGCCCAGCUCAAGUACUUUGAAAGUACACCAAAACCUUUCGUCGACUUUGUCUGGGGAUCGACCGAUGUGUUUCUCUUUGACGUUGAAAAAGUUAUUCUCAAACUCGACCUCGACGCCGGCCAAUUCCUCUGGAUAUCCAAGGAAAACUGCCGGGAAGAACUUGGCCGACUCACGAACGAGCAGUUCCUUGAUUUCGGCUUGUUGCUAGGCUCUCGGUACCUUCGCACAUUUCCUCCGUUCGAAAAUUCAACUUUCCCGGGAAAGCCAUGGAAUAUUCGCGAUGCACUGAAUAUUUUCAACGGCGCUAACCGACAUGCCACCACAUUAUGUUCACAGUUCGAAGAGGACCGUCGUGUGCAGGACCUUCAAUACCUUGACCGCUAUAAACGAGCUUAUAUGUCGAUCAAACAUCAUGUGAUCGCCGAUAACGAAGGUCGUGUUGGUCCUUUAGAACCAGAAACGGCCCCAUCGGACGUGCAUGAGUUGCUUGGACAGCGUCUACCAGAGGAGUUGUACUACUACAUCGCUAGGGGUGUUUUGGGGCCCAACAUCCCCAACUAUUUAACCACCGGCCAGCUUACUGUACCAUUGCCAUUUGGUGUGGAAGACUCUGAAGUGUACCGUCGUCUUGCCGGUGAUUCACUCAUGCCAAUUCGCGAACAAGCUGUUGGUUUGCUUUCCAAUUGUCUUCAUCGUUUCUAUCAGACCAAGGUCAUCAAUGUGCGACUUUGGCAUGAAGAGAACUCAACCCGCACUAUCAAUCUCAAAACACUACCCUCAGUCAGAGAUUCUAUUCGAAGCUGGAGGAUCAGUCAUAAGCAGUUGCCGACUGAGUUGGCUAACGUUCAGACCCCUCGCGGAUCGCUAAAAUUUGCUGCUGAGAGCUUGACAAACCCUGCAUUUGUGUCAAAGACUUUUUCUUCUAGGGAAUCUGCCGCGCUCUCUUCGGAAGACGAGAUCUUACAUCAGACCCUUUUAGUAUUCUUGCAGCUUCGCGGCUACGUGAAUAGCAGGCAUGAGCUCACAGACUGGGGAAAGUGCUUUGUUGAAGCAAUCAAGACACUCGACUCAGCCAAUGCUUCAGUCGAUUCUCAGACGUAUGAAUCUGUUUUUACUGCCGUCGAGAUGCUGCGCAUGGGAGUUCUAGGCCCUAGCAAUUGGUUCCCACACCACUCAGGUGGUCCAAUGCGGGGUUCAGACGAGGACAAAUCUUUCAACCUUCUCAUCUCGCGUGUCGCAUGUAUUGGAAAGCUGAAGCACAAACCAAUUGGGUACUCUGGACCGCUCAGUCGCCAGCUCCUUUCUUUUCGCUCUCUGAUCUCUGCUGUUCGACGAACUUUGAGAGAGUUAGUUGAAGUAGUCCUUACUUCGAUGCUAUUGAGUGGCGAGGUGGACCGGAAAAUUGGCAGCGAAGGAUUGACAUCAAUCAGUUAUAAGUUGCCGUUUGUCGAUGAUAAUGAUUGCGGACUCGGCAUCGCAGUACGGACUUAUCUUGACGACCUACUCUACCAACCCGAUUCAUCGUCACCCAAGACUCGCGAUGAGGUUAGGGCCAAGGGUAAAGAGUGGUUCCAGCAUAGUGAGAGUUUCGAAGACAAUCUGGAUGCUGCUUUUACCUUAUGGGAUGCGGUUUAUGCGGCUUCUCAAAAUGCACCGAAAGACUUCAAAACGACAAAAGUAUGGGACGAUGCUAAUAAAUGGCUGGCUCGCCACCGAUGA